AUGAAUAAUAUCAUAAUUGAACCAGCGGUAUUCAACGAUAUAAAUUUAACAUGUACAAGACCUCUUUUAUGGAGUCAAGCAGCGGCAGAGAGUCGAACACCUCGACUUUAUGUUUGCAUAAUUGCUGCUAUCAUACAUUCAAUAUUUUGGCUUCAGCUCGCUUUUUCUUCUUCUAUUCGACUAAAAUCAUUGCAAUGGAUCUAUGCUUAUCUUAUUACUGACAUUCUUCUUCUUUUUCGAUUUUUCUUUCUCUACAUAAUUGGUACCAGAUCAAUUGAAUGUGAACCAAGUCAAUUUUGGGUGUCAUUUAUCUGCAUUAUUCAAGCGACAAUGGACAAUUAUCUCAAUAUAAUUGAAGUUUAUAUUCUAUUGGCUUUAAAUGUAUGCCGUUAUGUGCAAAUAACAUACAAUAAAGAUGUCUAUCGACUAUAUGCCAAACAACUUAUUUCAGCUCACUUAACUGUUUAUUUACUACCAUUCUUUAUUUUGUUGAUUCAAUUUCCCCUUGGUUGGGCUAUAUUAGUAAAAUCUGUUGAUGAGUCUUGUGAUGUUCGAUAUUCGAGCAUCUAUACGCAAAUAAUGAAUUUAAUUUUUGCCUUUGUUCUUCCUAUUAUUCUGAAUAUCUUAGUACUUUAUAUUAGUGCUCGUCGUGUUCGUUUAACAACAACUUUGUAA